AUCGAUCAUCAUUAAUUAUCGUUAAUCAUCAUUACUUAUCGUUAAUCAUCAUUAAUCAUCGUUAAUACAUAAUGGACGAAUCUAUAGUACAACAAUUUCUUCUGAAAAGAGAAACCUGUGAACCAGAUAACGAUUACGAUGGUCGUAUGGGAGUCCGUAUUUCUGCUGUUUUCGUUAUAUUGGCAUCCUCUGCCAUUGGUACCUUUUUACCAUUAUUGAGUUCUCGUUAUUCUUUUAUUCGUAUGCCAUCGUGGGUAUUUUUCAUUGCUAAAUAUUUUGGUUCUGGGGUUAUUGUAGCCACCGCUUUCAUUCAUUUAUUAGAACCUGCUAGUGAUAGUUUGGGUGACGAAUGUUUGGGAGGUACUUUUGCUGAAUAUCCUUGGGCUUUUGGUAUUGCGUUGAUGACUUUGUUUGCGCUUUUCUUUUUUGAAAUCUGUGCUUUCCAAUGGGUUGAACGUAAAAUUGAAACAGAAUCGGGAGAUGCUCAAGGUCAUAGUCAUUCGCAUUUUGGUAACGCUGACUUGUAUACUAAAAAAUUGGAAGAUGAAGAAGAAGAAACUGAUUCAAAUAAAGAAGUUAAAAAAGAAAAUCCUUAUCCAAAACAUUUUCAACAUGCUCAUGAACAUCAAGAUCCUGAAUUAAUUGGUACUCCGUUAGAAGAUCAAGAUAAAGAAUCUUAUUAUGGUCAAUUAUUAUCAGUCUUUGUCUUGGAAUUCGGGGUUAUCUUCCAUUCUGUCUUUGUUGGUUUAUCUUUAUCAGUUUCCGGUGACGAAUUCAUCUCCUUAUAUAUUGUUCUUGUUUUCCAUCAAAUGUUCGAAGGUUUGGGUCUUGGUACCAGAAUCGCUUUAACUAACUGGUCUAAAUCAAAACGUUACACUCCUUGGGCCUUGGCUCUUGCUUAUACUUUCACCACUCCAAUUGCAAUUGCCAUUGGUUUAGGUGUUAGAACCACUUAUGCUCCUGGUUCUCGUAGAGCCUUAAUCACCAACGGGGUUUUCGAUUCCAUUUCUGCCGGGAUUUUAUUCUAUGCCGGUAUUGUCGAAUUAAUGGCCCAUGAAUUCUUAUACUCUGGUGAAUUUAAGGGUAAAGAUGGUUUCAAAAAAUCUUUAUUGGCCUUUUUCACUUUAUGUUGGGGUGCUGGUUUGAUGGCUUUACUUGGUAAAUGGGCCUGAUCUAUUUAUUUCAUUUCUUUCACUUCAUCUAUUCUAAUUCUCUUUUUGUAAUUUAUAGACC